AUGGAUCUUAAUAUUAUGGACAAGUUACGUCUUCUAAAGAUUGAUACUGAACUGCGACCACUAAUCAAAAUGAAACCUAUGAGUCGGUAUUAUUUUGUCAUAUCAACUAAUCCGGGGGAGCAAUUCUUUGUGUUCGCUUCUACAGCAGCAUGGCUGAUACGAAAAUCUGGUAAAGCCUUCGAACAACCAAAUGAAGAAGACGACCCCAAUACUAUCAUAGCUACAAUAGUAGAUAUUUUAAGAGAGAAGGACAUAGCCGUUGACUUUUCUUCGCAUAAACUGAAACAAGGCUAUGGUGAACAAGUUAGUUACAUUUUAAACGUUCUAGCUGACGAGGCUCUCAAGAAUGAAAAUUUUGAGUGGCAAAAGCCAAUAGUCGAUAUUCCUGACGCAGAGGAAGCGGCUGAUGACGUGGAUCAAGUAGAAGAUGAGACUGAAAUCACUUUAGAUAAAGUAGAAGAAGAAAUGGCGAUAUACUCUGAAGAUUCUGAAGGUGAAUUUUCUGAUGGCGAAGAAAAGAAGUCCAGUAAUUUCACCAACGCAGCACACGAUUGGGAGGCAUGGAAAUUGGAAUUAGAGAGAGUUGCGCCAGCGCUCCGGCUGAAAGUGACUAGUGAUGCUAGAGAUUGGCGAGCGAGACACACUCAAAUGAAAACUUAUAGAGAUGAACUAUUCGACAGGUUUAAAUCAACUAGUACACAGUUAAGUAAAGUGUAUAGUAAUAUAAAUUCAGCAAUGGACAAAAUAGCUGCCAGAGAAAAUAUUCUUAAUGAACAAUUUGAACCGCUGGUACGUGAAUAUGGUGCUCUGCAGGACGAGCUGAACAAAGUAACAAAUGAGUAUAAGGAGGUAAGUGUAGGAGUGACGGAGAGGCAAGAAAUGUUAAACGAGCUGACAACUAAAGUGGAGAACGUCAAACAGAGAACGGAAUCUAAGGGCUCGUCGAUGAACGACAACGCACCCUUAGUUACUGCAAAAAAGGCUAUCGACACACUGAAAAAGGACAUACAAGAAUUAGACUUUCAGAUUACAGUGCUUCUAUGGAUGUUAAUAUCAAAAGAAAAUCCGAAGACGAAUAGUUUCCUAACUAAUGAGACGAAAAUGAAACAAGAGAUUUAUUGA